CGCGGUGGUAGUUGAGUGUUUGAAAGCGUGUUUAACAGCUGAAAGAAGUGAGGAACCACCCACACUCGACAUCACCGAUCCCCACUUUUCGCCGAAGGACCACAUCCUCACAAUGACCUCGCGGCGCGUGUUACUGAGCGCCAGGUCUCUCUUCCAACCUUCGCAUUGCUCUUACCGUCCGUUCCAUACGUCAUUACAGCUGUCAGCAGCCCAGUCACUCAGAAGUACGGUACCGAACAGCCAGCAGAGACCAGGCAUCCACCCAGACGAACUCGAGGAGCUCCUUGCAAAGCCUACCUGGUCUGUUGAAUCGCUCCUGCCACCGGAAACACGCGCUCCGGACGCACCAGAAAUCACCUCAAAGCAAUUACAUCAUCUGCUGCGACUCUCAGCUUUGCCGCUUCCUGAAACGCCUGAGCAGGAGCAAAAGAUGCUAGACACGCUUGCAGCACAGCUGCACUUUGUAGGCGAGAUACAGCGAGUGGACACAACGGGUGUCAAGCCUCUACGAGCGAUACGUGACGAGACGAAGGAAGCAGAGCAGGAGCAGACAAUUGGGCUGGACACACUUAAAGAGGCACUGGCGAAAGAAAAGGUCAUUGGCAAGUGGCAUAGGCGCAUACAGAGGGACACCACGCCGGUCGACGCCAGGGACGUCGAAGACUGGGAUGUCCUGGGGUCUGCUGAGAAGAAGGCUGGCAAGUACUUUGUCGUCGAGAGCGAGCGGCCGCCAGAGUGAGGGCCGCAACUAUGCAUUAAAUAGAUGAGGAACCGAAAACACAAACAACGCUAACUCCAUCGCCCGCCAUGGUAUCGUGCUUCAAAUUGUCU